CUGUGCUACGGUUAGGACCGCGCAAUCAUCACCUACAAACGACGAGGAGAGAAGCCCGCAGGAUUGUCCCGACGAAAACGAUCCGGACCGUUCAGCUGCGUCGUCUAGUCCUCGCUUGCGAGCCGCGUCUACUACCUAACUUAAACACGGAUCAACGACACGAACGGGAAACGGGGCACAGAUAUCGCACCAGCGAUCGAGAGGAAUAUCGAUUCACGAACCAGCGGUUACACGACCGUUGCACAGUAGAUCUUUAGAAGGUGAUCGGACACGCCAGUGAUCGAACGGUGGUCAGCGGAACAGAAAGACGAGAGGAAAGAAAUCGGGGCAAAAGAAAGAAAUAGUGGCCGAGCAGCAAUCGUUCGAGGUGAAGCUUGGGCUCCGUCACCGAUCUUUUUGUCAAAAUACGGUGAACCGGCUCGGUCAUCCCGGUGAUCGACCGGAGGGAUUUUUAACGAUCGCCCAGAGGCGAAAAGCUUGAAAUCGCGUUUCGAUUGUCCGUGAUACCGCGUUUAGGGCCUGAGGAAAAGAAAGAGAAAGAGGAGAGAGGUCGGUUCGAAUAUCGUGGUGGUUUUUGUGGUGGAAAAGUGAUUCGGGUUUAAUCGAGGAGAAGCUCGACGAAGCCGGGAGCCGCAUGCCUCGCUGACAAGUCUCAGGAUGGUCUGGUAGAGGAGGUGCCUGGGUGGUUCGAUCGCGAGAAAUGGCGUGCGGAAUAUCGUUCGAAGCGACCGCCACGAGCACAGUAUUUUUCCUCCUGGUACUGCUGCAGGCGGCACUGGUGUGGGACGAAGUAGCCGGCGCUCCGGCGAAGAGGAACGACAUACUCGCGGGCACAGAAUUCCUGUCGGUCUUCAUAAACGGCGCCAUGGCGACGCCGCCCCAGCGGCGCAGGGGAUUCAGACGCGGCGGCGGCAGCAGUGGUCACGGGUCGCCGUCAUCUCCAGCGGGGGAUAGCGCGACGGCGGAGUCGCACCAGCACGAGGCGUCGAUCUACCGGAUAUCGCGGAACCCGGGCAACCGGCAGGUGGUCCCUAGGGCGAGGAACACGAACGGUAGGGAAGAGGUGGUCCGGUUCUACCCAAUCAGCCAUAAGACGCUGGAGAACAGGCAGCAGAACCUGGCGUCGUUGAUCGACGAGUUGAGCACCAACAGUGACAUAUCCUCCACGCGGCUGACGUCCCAAAGCUCGUCUACCACGGUCACGUCACUGACAUCCCAAGAAAAGCCACUAACGAAGACAAACGCGACAAGCAACUCGAACAAAGGCGUCAGCAGACAGAAGGUGAUUGGCGUCAGCGUGACGUCGACUGUCGAAGCGACGCCGUACAAGGUUAGAGUGGAGCACUAUGAUAACAGUGACGUGACUGUCGCCCGUCUGCCGAAUAUAACCAACAGUUCCUCUAAAGAGUCGAAUAGUUCGACAACCAGAUCCUACACGAAAAUGUCUGCUCACAAUUCGACGACGAGAGCGACAACGAUAGCAACCACGACGAUCACACCUAGAACGAUGACCACCAUAACCGCACCGUCAUCCAGUUUCGUCACCGAGGACAUCAGUAAUAUUGUGUCCGAGUCGAAUAGAAGUGAAUUCUCAGUUGAUGAGGGCUCGCCGAGCACCAGUUGGCAAGGUCAGAGCUCGGUGACCCCUAGACCACUGAACAGGCACAUACUUAUUAACGGAGAGCACCGACAAGUGAACGUUAGCUCGCACAAUACUCCGGAGGAUAUGAUCACUCUGCCUACAGAGGAAAAUUAUGAGCUACCGGAGGAAAAUUCGGAGCCUAAGGAAUACAACGAGGAGCCAGUUGAAAUGCAAUCCGAGCGGUUGCAAGCUCAAGGGAGGAAAGCUGGUAGGCACUACGAUGCUUCUCAGUAUAAUCGUUCUGGGGUCAAAGUGUACAGCCAGUCGCCGAAGAGCUACAAGCCUGCUAGGGCUUACAGUGAACCGGCUAAAUUAUACAGCGAGCCGGCCAAGGUCUACGGUGAGCCUGAGAAAGUGUACGGAGAGCCGGCCAAGGUGUACAGUGAGCCUGCUAAAGUAUACAGCGAGCCAGCUAAGGUUUACAGCGAGCCUGCCAAGGUGUACAGCGAGCCUGCUAGGGUGUACAGUGAACCGGAGAAGGUGUAUUCGGAGCCUUCGAAGGUUUACUCGGAACCAGCCAAGGUUUACUCUGAACCUGCGAAGGUCUACUCGCAGCCAGCCAAGGUCUACAGUGAACCUAGCAAACUGUACGAUUCAGAGGGUCAACCGUUGAACCACGACCGUAGUGGAGAACCCGAUGAACAGAAUUAUGAGGUCGAUGAGUCUGUUAGUGUCAGCAGUAAUGGGAACGUUCAUGGCCCCCAACUGAUGCUCACAGAACCAUCUAAUGCUUCUGAAGUUGAGGAUGGGCACAAAGUUGGUUACGUUGUUGAAGGGAGGAACUACAGAAAGUACAGGGUCGAAGAGAGAACCCCGGAUGGCUUUAUUGUCGGGGAAUACGGAGUUGUUAGUCACGAUGACGGUUCGUUGAGAGGUGUCCGGUAUACCGCGGACGGCACCAUCAAUCCUCGGCUCAUCUACGACGCGCUGAUGAAGUUCCUUGCCCUGUGAGGGAUCCACGGGACGAGGAGGGUGAUAGAGGAUACCCUUAAAUAGAUGAAAGUCGACGGUCCCUUAACUUUGCUCGAAGUUGACGGAACGAGCCUAGACGCCGACAUGACUGAUCCUUUCGC